UGUUUGAACUUUGAUGUGAAAUGGGCCUUGUGACUUGUGAAUGGGGAGCCCAAAGAUGUAAAAAAUGGUUGUGGAGUAAUGAGUAAGAUGCAGUAGUAGGAAGUAGGAAGUAGGAAGUAGCAGAGGAUCGUCCCCUCCUGCAAUUACCCAAGCGAUCUGUCUGAUUUCCUAGGGUAGGCAGUAGGCUGCAAUGAAACGCGCAAACGACGACGUCGCGGGGAAGCCAGUCUUCCUAACCAAAGCCCAACGCGAGCAAUUGGCCCUCCAGCGCCGCCAGGAACAAGUCGCCCACCAGAGGCACCGCCAGGAGCAGCUCCUCUCCCGCGACCGCCCCUCCGAUCCCAAACCCUCCUCGGAAAGGGACAGAGACAGGGACCGCGACAGGGACCGCGACCGUGACCGCGACCGCGACCGCGACCGCGACAGAGACCGAGAGAGAGCACGCGAUAGGGAGCGCGAGGCGGAGCGUCGCAACCGAGAGAGGGAGCGCGAGGAGGAGAGCAAGGCCCGGGAGCGAGCGAGGAUCGAGAAGCUGGCUGAGCGGGAGCGCGAGAAGGAGCUGGAAUCGAUAAAGGAGCAGUACCUCGGGUCGAAGAAGCCGAAGAAGCGCGUCAUCAAGCCGAGCGAGAAGUUCCGCUUCUCCUUCGACUGGGAGAACACCGAGGACACCUCUCGCGACAUGAACUCCCUCUACCAGAACCCUCACGAGGCGCAGCUCCUCUUCGGCCGCGGCUUCCGCGCCGGCAUGGACCGCCGCGAGCAGAAGAAGCUCGCCGCCAAGAACGAGAAGGAGAUGCGCGAGCAAAUCCGCCGCAAGGACGGCCUCGAGGAGAAGCCCGAGGAGGCCGACGCCCAGCGCCGCAAGGAGGCCGCCGCCGACCUCUACGACACCUUCGACAUGCGCGUCGACCGCCACUGGAGCGAGAAGAAGCUCGACGAGAUGACGGAGCGCGAUUGGCGCAUCUUCCGCGAGGACUACAACAUCUCCUACAAGGGUUCCAAGAUUCCUCGCCCCAUGCGAAGCUGGAUCGAGAGCAAGCUGAGCCACGAGCUUUUGAAGGCCGUUGAGAAGGCUGGUUACAAAACCCCUUCUCCUAUUCAGAUGGCCGCCAUUCCCCUUGGUUUACAGCAGCGUGAUGUCAUUGGCAUCGCCGAGACCGGUUCCGGUAAAACCGCCGCCUUUGUCCUUCCCAUGUUGAGUUACAUCACCCGUCUUCCUCCCAUGAGUGAGGACAACGAGGCUGAGGGUCCCUAUGCCGUUGUCAUGGCCCCCACUCGCGAGCUCGCUCAGCAGAUCGAGGACGAGACUGUUAAGUUUGCUCAGUAUUUGGGCAUCAAGGUCGUGUCCAUUGUUGGUGGACAGUCCAUUGAGGAGCAAGGGUUUAAGAUUCGGCAGGGCUGUGAGAUUGUCAUCGCCACUCCCGGACGCUUGAUCGACUGCUUGGAGCGUCGAUACGCCGUUCUCAACCAGUGUAAUUAUGUGGUUCUUGAUGAGGCUGAUCGCAUGAUUGACAUGGGGUUUGAGCCCCAGGUGAUGGGUGUCCUUGAUGCCAUGCCUUCCAGCAAUCUCAAACCGGAGAAUGAAGAUGAGGAGCUUGAUGAGAAGAAGAUUUAUCGGACCACCUAUAUGUUUAGUGCUACAAUGCCGCCUGCCGUCGAGAGGCUUGCUAGGAAGUACUUGAGGAACCCUGUUGUGGUGACCAUUGGCACUGCUGGGAAGGCUACUGACUUGAUCAGUCAACAUGUGAUUAUGAUGAAGGAGUCUGAGAAAUUUUACAAGCUCCAGAGGUUGCUUGAUGAGCUUAACGACAAGACCGCCAUUGUGUUUGUUAACACCAAGAAGAAUGCGGAUAUGGUUGCCAAGAACUUGGAUAAGGAAGGGUAUCGCGUGACUACUUUGCAUGGAGGCAAGUCCCAGGAGCAGAGGGAGAUUAGUCUUGAAGGGUUUAGGACCAAGAGAUAUAAUGUUCUUGUUGCAACUGAUGUUGCCGGACGUGGUAUUGACAUACCUGAUGUGGCUCAUGUCAUCAACUAUGAUAUGCCUGGGAAUAUUGAAAUGUACACGCAUCGUAUUGGGCGUACUGGUCGUGCAGGAAAGACGGGUGUGGCUACAACUUUCCUGACUCUUCAGGACACUGAUGUCUUCUAUGACCUCAAGCAGAUGCUCAUUCAAAGUAAUAGUCCUGUUCCACCUGAACUGGCAAGGCAUGAAGCUUCAAAAUUCAAGCCAGGAUCUAUUCCGGACAGACCACCGAGACGAAAUGACACUGUUUUUGCGCAUUAGAGGGCUCUUUUUGUAUUUUUAUUUUUUGAGGUAGCCACUUCUUUAGAAGGCAUCAACUCUGCAGGUAAUAUGAAGUUUUCUGGGGUAAUGAACAUGUUGCCAGUGAGGCUUAGCACCCUAAUAUGGUUUUAUUGGUUAUAUGAUCUUGUAUAAAAUUUAAUUACUGCAGCCCUUCUAUCCUGGUAUCGGUGUCCUUGCUUGUAUUCUGCUUAGCUAGAGUUACUACUAUAACAGAAAUUGAUAGUUUUAGAUGAGGAUACUUGAUUAAUUUUGCCAUUUGGCUUCGGUAUUUGGCAUCUUAUGCUACAGUGCUUGUAUUUUCUGAUUCUUCUUGCUUAAUACAGGCUGUGCUAAAUUGUUGUCGCUUGUUUGAUUA